GCCACUCCGCCGAAGGCAGCCGCAAUUCGAUGGCAGCGGAUCUUGUUGCUGGGGCCUGUGGCCUGAAGGGGUCGACGGAACACGGAAGUUGCCGGAUGCGCCUUGCCGACGCGGGGUGGUGUCGCCGAGUGGCGGUGUCCGCGCCCUGCCGCCGCGUCUGAAGCGGGAGCCGGGGCGCCGAGGGCGCUGCGCUUCACCCCUCCGGCCGGAGGGGGUGCGCGCUCCGGCUGGGCAGAGCUGUGCCGGCGUGCGCGGCGCGGAGCGGCGCAGCGCGUCCUCCCUGUGUCUCGCUGCACUGGGACCCCACCAUAUGGCAAAGUGAAAGUUACGGCUCUUGGGCGGUAAAGUUUCGUCGUUGGGAAGCACAGCAGCCCGCGGUGCCCGACCGUGCACGAAGCGGGGGCCGCCGCCUUGCUCUCAGAAAUGGCCCGACGGGACAGCAGCAGUGAUAGUGAUUCCAGCUCAUCAAGCAGCAGCAGUGGCAGUAGUAACAGCUCUUCCAGCAGCAGUUCAAGCAAUUCAAGUGGAAGUAGCAGCAAUAGCAGCAGCAGUAGCAGCAGCAGCAGUAGUGGUAGUACAGGAAGCAGUAGUCGGAGUUCCUCUUCAAGUCUCAAGGAGAAAAGAGGCAGAUCACCAAGAAAUACCAGUAGGAGAAAAGAGGAAAGGCACUCUGAGAGAAGAGAGAGAACUUCCUCACAUGGGGACCACCGAAUGAGGACAUCCGAUCGAGACAGAAGAGAUGAAAAGCCAACCAUCAGAGAAGAAAGGCGUUCAGAUAUCAAACAAUCAAGCUGGUCAAAGGAAAGAAGGCCAGAGAGUGAUAGAAGACGACAUUCUCCAGAAUGUUCUUGGAAAGAACCUUCGAGAAGUCAUAGUCCUCAAGAGAUCAGGCGAAGAUACAGUCCAGAUUCAAGGAGUAAAAUUGGGGAUGAUAGGAACAGAAGACACAGAAGAAAAUCGAAUAGCUCUUCCCCCAGACAACAAAGGCGGGAAUACAGGUCCAGUUCCAGAAGUCCUCGCCGGUCGUCAAGGAAGGAGGCUACAACUUCAAAGUAUAGCAGUAGAUCAGAAAAGGCUGAUAGCCACAAAAGAAGUCCAGAGAGUAAGGACAAAAGAAGAUCUAAAGAAACGCGUCCAUCCAGUAACAGGAAAAGUUCACAGGUAGAAGAGAGUACACGUCGAGCACAUUCAAGAAGCUAUAGUCCUUCGAGGUCACGGCAAUUCCAUUCUAGUCUCGAUUCAAAGGAGAAAACCAGGGAUAGUAGACGUCGAAGAUCAAAUAGCUUGUCUCGUAGUCCUCACAGAGAAGAUAAUAAAAGUUCCAAGAGUCCUGAUUCACAUUCUUCAAAUAUAAGGCACAAAUCCCAGAAAAGUAACAGAACAGUAGAAUCUGAACCAGGGAGAAGGAAAGAGGAAUGUAUUGUUACACAUGGAAGAGGAAAUACUUCUGAAAGUCCAGACAGUAAUGAGCCAAGCACCAAAUCACCAAGUCAUAGAAAACAGUCCGCUGUGUGCUCUGUUAGAGAGUGUUCCCGAAAUAACAGUCCUGAAAGUACAAAACAAAAUUCCCCAAGUGUCUCCUCCAGAAGUCGAGGUGAUGAUCGUGAAUGUACUCCUCAAGCACAGCAGCAAAAACCUGAUGCUUCACCGUGUUCAAGUGCAAUAGAAACACAGAAAUCAGAGACAGAAAGUCCCAGAUCAUCACAUAAUGAAAUUCCUGAUUUUCAGAAAAGCAGAAUGGUACAACCAGAUUGUCUGGAAGAAAGUAAAACUCCAGCAAGCCAGGAAGAAUACAGCCAAGAACCAAGUCCUGACCAAGGAAAAGAAAAUUGGCCCGAAAACAUACAUUCCACAAGCAAUAGAACUCUAACCGUCUCUCCUGCAAGUUUUGGGAAAGAUAUACCUGCAAAUAUCAGCAAUGAUGAAUCAAGAAGUAAAGAUGUUGAUUUGGAGAAAAGUAAAAAAGACAGAAGUAGAAAUUCUUCUAAAAGUUCAAGACGAAGAUCAUCCAGUACAUCAUCUUCAUCAUCAUCAUCAUCAUCCUCUUCCUCCUCCUCUACCAGUUCCUCAUCCUCAUCAUCAUCCUCAUCUUCUUCAACAUCCAGUGAAGAAGAGAGCAAUGAUAAGCCUGGCUCUGAUUUAGAGCAGCUGACAUCAAUUCAAGGUCUUAAUUCUGAGACGUCACCACUAUUUGUACCUACUGACAGUGGGAGAGCAAGCCCUGAUGGUAAAGAAGAAGAUAAGUUUGAAGGUUUACAGACAUCAGAUGAAAAAAGGAUGCUUUGUCCUGCAGAUAGUACUGGAAAAAUCCCUUCUCAGAGUCAUAGUCCUUUGCAAGAUCAAGACCAAUCCCAGUUCCCAACUUCGUGUGAUAGAAUGUAUGGAAAUCAAUUACCUGAGAAGGAAAUACAGAGUCCUGAUGGAGUAUCUUCUAGUGAAAGAAAACCUGACUCUGAUGCAUCAGAAUCCUCCCCAGUUCGGGUUACACCCAGUUCUCAAAAAAGUAGAAAGUCUCUAUCAGACACUGAGAAAAUAGAUGAAAGGAGCUGUCAAAAAGUAAGUCCUGAAAAUAAGGAACCUGACAGUACUCUGUCAUCUGAUUCAACAGGUGAUAAGGAUCUGCAAACUGUAGAAAGCUCUGAAGUCGAAAAUUCAAAUAUCCAAAGUCCACAUGUAUCCAGUCAAAGACAACAGAGUCCCAUUUUCGAAAACAUUGAUGGAAAGGAACCGAAGUAUCCUCAGAAAAAGAGGCAACGAUCAUCUUCCUCUGAGAGGAGGGAUGGUUUUGGAUCUGGAUCUGAGAGUCCUGGUGCACCUCCGCGGAAGAUAAAAUCCAAGUCAUGUAGUCCAGUCUCAAGUCUGAGGAAGCUAUCAGGAAGUUCUCGGUCACCUUCACCCAAAGAGCAGGAUGAAGAGAGCAGAAAAUCAAGGGACAAAUCAGGCAUAGAAAUGGCUGAAAGCAUUCUUCAGAAUGAGAGAGAAACUGUCUCUGCCAGUGAAGCCCCUGCUAAUUUGGAGAAUCCUGAGGGGAUUGGAGAUGGGGAGAUUUCAAGUAGCUCAGACAGUGAGGAGAGUGCGGCAAGCAGUGGUACAGCUGUCCAAAAGAUGAAAAGCAGUGUUGUACAGAUACAGCUUAAUUCAAAUCAGGAGGGAGUAGACAGCCACAGUCCUCAUCAAAGGAGCUCCUCUCCUGAGCACAGGCAUAAAGGUCAUGAAAAGUCAAGGUCAAGAUCCCCUAGAGAUACUGACAGGAAUGCUUUUGACAGAAGACCUUCCAGCAAUGGCAGAUAUAAUGAUAAAAAUUUACAAUCUAGAGCAAGAGACAAAGAGAGACACACAAACUUAGACCGUGAAUCAGAUCAUAAGAAGAGAACAAAAUCGCCGUCACCUAUAACAAGAAAUAAAGAUGAUGAUGUCACUCAGAGCUCCUCUGAGCCACCAUUAAAAAAGAAAAAGGCAGAAUUAGAUCCUAUUCUAACACGGACGGGUGGAGCGUACAUUCCUCCUGCAAGGCUAAGAAUGAUGCAAGAACAAAUCGCAGACAAAAGCAGUUUGGCAUAUCAACGAAUGAGUUGGGAAGCUCUGAAGAAGUCAAUUAAUGGUCUCAUCAACAAAGUGAAUGUCUCAAACAUAGCUAACAUCAUUCAUGAACUUCUUCAAGAAAAUAUCGUUCGAGGAAGGGGACUGAUUUCUAGAUAUAUUAUACAGGCACAGACUGCCUCUCCUAUAUUUACACAUGUUUAUGCUGCUGUUGUGGCAAUCAUAAAUUCCAAGUUUCCUCAAAUUGGGGAGCUGAUUCUCAAGAGAUUGAUUUUAAACUUCCGCAAAGGUUAUCGCAGAAAUGAUAAGCAACUGUGCCUUUCAGCCUGCAAGUUUGUAGGUCAUCUUGUUAAUCAGAACGUUGCCCAUGAAGUCUUAUCUUUGGAAAUGCUCACGUUAUUGCUUGAGCGGCCCACAGAUGACAGUGUUGAAGUGUCGAUUGCUUUUCUGAAAGAGUGUGGAAUGAAACUGACAGAGGUUUCUCCCAGAGGUGUUAAUGCAAUAUUUGAACGUCUUCGUAAUAUCCUUCAUGAAUCUCAAAUUGACAAGCGAGUCCAAUACAUGAUUGAGGUUAUGUUUGCAAUUCGUAAAGAUGGAUUUAAGGAUCACCCCAUCAUACCCGAAGGUCUUGAUCUGGUUGAGGAGGAUGAUCAGUUUACUCAUAUGCUUCCCUUGGAAGAUGAAUAUAAUCCUGAAGAUGUGUUAAAUGUCUUCAGGAUGGAUUCGGAGUUCCUUGAUAAUGAACAGAAGUACAAGGAUCUAAAAAGAGAAAUCCUUGAUGAAGGUAGUAGUGACUCUGCCUCUGGUGGUGAAGAGGGUGGUGAUGAUGAUGCAGAAAGUGAUGAUGAUGAGGAUGAAGCUGAGACUGAGGAAGGUGUAAAGAAAAUAACCAUUCAUGACAAGACUGAAGUGAACCUUGUUUCAUUUCGUCGUACCAUUUAUCUUGCUAUCCAGUCCAGUUUGGACUUUGAAGAAUGUGCUCAUAAAUUAUUGAAGAUGGAAUUUCCUGAAAGUCAAACCAAAGAACUAUGCAACAUGAUUCUAGAUUGCUGUGCACAACAAAGAACAUAUGAGAAAUUUUUUGGUCUUUUGGCUGGGCGCUUUUGCAUGUUGAAGAAGGACUAUAUGGAAGCUUUUGAAGGAAUCUACAAAGAACAGUAUGAAACUAUACAUCGUUUAGAAACAAACAAACUGCGCAAUGUGGCCAAGAUGUUUGCGCACCUCCUGUACACAGAUUCAAUUCCUUGGAGUGUUCUCGAAUGUAUCCAUUUAAGUGAAGAAACAACAACAUCUUCCAGCAGAAUCUUUGUAAAGAUCCUUUUUCAAGAGCUUUGUGAAUAUAUGGGACUUCCCAAACUAAAUCAAAGGCUACAGGAUAUAACACUGCAGCCUUUCUUUGAAGGUCUCUUUCCUAGGGAUAAUCCACGAAAUACUCGAUUUGCAAUCAAUUUCUUUACCUCUAUUGGUCUUGGAGGACUGACAGAUGAAUUACGAGAACAUUUGAAAAAUGCUCCAAAAAUCAUAAUGACACAGCGACAAGAUGUUGAAUCAUCAGAUUCUUCUUCUUCAUCCUCUUCCUCUUCUGACUCUGAUUCAGAUUCUUCUUCUGAUUCAGAAUCUGGAAGUAGCAGUAGCAGCAGUGAUAGCGAUAGCAGUUCAGGAUCAUCUAGCAGUAGCUCAUCCUCCAGCAGUAGCAGUGAUUCAGAUGAUUUAAAUUCAAAAAACAAGAAAGUACAGAACAAAAGUGAACGAGGUGAAGAAAAAACGGACAGCAGAAAAAGACCACGUGAGAGAGAGGGAUCUCGAAAAGAUCAAGAAAGCAGGUAUCGGGGUGGAAGUGAAGAGCAGGAAAGAAGUAGUGGCAGAACUCGUAGGAAAUCUGGAGAGAGAAGAGAUGACUCAGCCAAGUACGAUAGGGAGGAAAGGAAUGAACGAGAUCGCAAACGCGGUGAUAGGGAUAAGGAACAUGAUCGAAACAGAGAUUUUACAGAUAAACAUGCUGAAUACAGAAAAGAUGAUGCAAGGAACCAUUCUCGUUCUGAAAAUGAUAGGAACAGCUCCAGGAGCAAGGAUGGCAAUGAUCAUUACAGUCAUAGAAGAGAAGUGUCAAAAUCUAGAGAGAAGUGUCGUGAAGAAAUCCAAACCUCAAGAAAUAGUGAAGAAGACCGCCCAAAAAAUGGUGUAGAUAAGCGAUCUGGAAAGCAUGAUCGUCAGGAGAGUAGAUAUUCAGAACGUUCUAAGGACUACAGAAAAGAAGACAAAAGGUACAGGGAAAGUUCUCCAAGAAGACACUGACCAGCAUUUACAAUGCUGCUACUUAGAAAAAACAACUGCAUUGCCAAAGCUCUGAAGGCAGUAUAAAUCCCAUAACUAAAGGAAAAGGAACCACGUCUUGAAUAGAACUGCUGAUCUGUACGUAGUUUCCACUGGAAUCUUACAAACUGCUAUUUCCAGUUGUCAUCUUUUGUAAUUAAUGAAAUCUGCAUUUAAAAAAAUAUCUGAGUAAAUACCUUCAACCGAUUCUUCCUUUUGGAGAAACCUGAAAGGUGUGCAGGUUUAUUUUGUGGACAGUGAUACAUUUGAUAAUGCAUUUAUAGAGGAUUUGACAUUCUCUUGUUUCAUGUAAAUGUUUUGUUUGUCAACUCAAAUAAAAAUCGUGCAGAUAUGUCACCAUUUUGGAGGUUUUUAAUCAAGUACUUUUUUUUGUUUUCAUAAGAUCUAUUUUAAAUCAGCAUUUAGAACUUGGGUUAAAAAUAGUCACCAGUAUACCUAUGACUUCGAGAAGUAGAUAUAUAGUUUGUUUUUUAAAAAUGUGCCAUAAUAAUAUUUUUUAAAUGCUAGGAUGUAUGUAUCAUAUUAAUUUGAUAUGUAUAUCAUGAAAAUUUAUGUCUACGUUAAUGUUUACUUAGUGUAUAUGUAUAGUAGAAUUGCAAAUUAAUACUUUAAAGUGCCUUUUCUGAAGCUUGGAUGAUUAGCAUUAACUGAUGUACAAUAUAGGCAAAUUGUCCUAAAAAAAAGUUAUUCAAUAUCUGAACACUGCACUGCUACUUAAUCUUGAGAUGUUAAGAGUAUUUCACUGCUGCCACUGUAAAAUGUAAUUGUGUCAUUUUAUUAUUUCACUGGAUAGCUUAAAGCUUAAUUUUGCUUUUACAAAUUUAAAAUCUAGCUUAGUCAAAACUGCUCCAUGAAAAGCAAAAUGUUCCCUUUUAUUGUGUUUUAUAUUUUUGUUAACCAGAUACUAAAGUCUAUCCCUUGAUAUUGAUGUCUUCCAUGAUGAAAGCCAAAACAUAUGAUGUUGCUUUGUUACAGGCAAAACAAGUGUAUUAUUGAGCCCAGCUCAUUGUUGAAGUAUUUAUUGGAUGUAACUUGGCAGUUCAAAAAGGCAACAAAAGAUCUAUUUAUGCUGGUAGUAUUCAUUAAGUUUAUGAAAAAGUGAAUCUUUCAAAAAUGGUUAUAUAUGUUUAAAAUUACCAAAAUAUAAUCUACUUGUAGCUAUUACAAAACUGA